AUGAUUAAAAAAGCUGUUCCAGAUGCCCCCAUCAAGAUCCUGGACGAGCAGGCUGCCAUCCAGAUCCUGGACGAGCGCGGGGUGGAGCUAAGAGAGAAGUUCUACCGUGCAGGCUCCACCAUCGAACUCCAGUGUCACGUGGCCGACGUUCCCACGGCAACCUCGCUCCAGCUGGCAUGGUACCAUGGCAACCACAGACUCAACUAUGACGACUCCCGGGGCGGCGUCAGCGUCAAGACGGAGCUGCGAGGUUCUGUGGCCCGGUCGUGGCUCCGAGUUAGUAACGCUGUCAGACAAGACUCCGGUACCUACUAUUGUAACGUUACCCACCUAGCGGCUACCAGCGUCACUAUACACGUGGUACCAGACGAGUACCCGGCGGCCAUUCAGAGGGGAUCCAGAGCAUCACCGUGGAGAGGCAUCAUGUUGCUGGCCUGCCUCGCCUCCUCCUUCCUCCACACCUUCCUCUCCUUCUGCUGCUGCUCCCCGCCACACAGAUAAAGUCAGUUCCUCCACUGGAGUAAAAGCUGGAGGUUGAAUCAAGAAAAGUCAAGAGAACUCUGAGGCUGAGGAAAGUUUGAGGAGGGCAUCUCUCAUUUUCUCUUCACACUCUCUUCCUCUUUCUCUUCUGCUGGUGCUGCCGCUAAUUGCGUUUCUCUUCCUGUCACAUCUGCUCUUCCCACUGAUGUUGACGCACCGAGGGAGGGCAAAGUCGGCAGCUAAAUGAUACGCAAGUCAGCAUUUGAGUAAAGCUGAGGUCAGGCCAUUCUUCCUCUGCUUGCAUCUUCCUGCUCGUCUUGUGUCUCUGCUUUCCCUACUACUGCUCCUUCUGCUACUGCACGCCACGUAUAUGCAACUAAUCCCAUUGGAAGCAAAUGCUAGAGUGGAAGACGCAAAGCUCUGCAGGAAUAUGAAGAUAGAUACACGGCAGACACUCGUAUCUCACUCCUGCUAUUCUCCAAGCUGCUGCUGCUACUUACUCUGUUUCUUAUUCUUCUGUUGAUGCUUCUUUGUUUCUCAUUCCGCUACUUGCCGUUCUGCUGCUGAUGCUUCUGUUCUUUCUACCUCUGUUAUUGUUACUUCUAAUUCUAUUCCUUCUGCAAGUCAUAUUUCGAGAACUGUUCCUUCUGCUUCUGCUAUUUUGCUACUACUUAUUUCUGAGAUAAAUCUGUCUUAUGCCUCUGGAAAAUCUUGGAACACAGAGGUCAAGCAGAGCAAGAACUGUGACUCUUUUUGUGUUGCCAUGGUGAUAACUCCUCAGCCUCCCACACAGGACGCGAAUCAAAUAAUGACUUGAACCCCAAGCACUUCACGACUCGCUGGACGGCAGCUAGACGCCAGGUCUGCAGUGAGACUUUGAUGACGGAUCCAAUGGAGGGCAGCUAGCCGGCGGAUCUACUGUGGGCCCUUUAUUGUCGAAUCUAAUGGAUGGCAGCUCCCCGCCGGGUCUUCAGUGAGGCCUGUGCUGACGACCUCUGCUACCCUCCGCUCCGUUGUGAAGUAUAACUUGUAUUUCCUCAGGAGUUUUUAAGACAUUUGGCUCAAGUGCAGAGUGUGUAUAGUGUACGAGCUGUAUGUUUUAGAGGACUUAGGUUAUUUUGUUGAGCCUUGAGACGUAAACACUCCUCCGGCGUGAAUUAACGAAAGUUCAGUGUUUUUCUUGAAGAACAUUUUGCAUUAUAUAUAUAUAUA